AUGGAAUCGAACGAGUGGGUUCUCGUCGAACAGCUGACUUGGCUUCAGGGAAAUGAUUUUGAGAAUAUGUACUCGAUUCGGCGCUUGACUUCUGUGACCGCUAUUCUGUGUCUCCUGAUGCUGCUAUACUUAUUGUCCGGGCUCGACAACUUCGAGAAGCAGUAUGUUCGAAGUCGCGCCAAGACUGACCUCCGAAGAGGCCUCAAAGUUCCAGCGCACAAGAAAUCUAUACCGAUCAUGCCGUCAAACGUUCUCGAACCGCGACUUCUGAGCGAUCGAGUCAAGAGUCUCGUCCACAAGAUCAGAGUCGACCAGCAGUCCGGUGGCGCAAGAGUGAAGCUCAUCCAUGUGAACAUGACGAGGGAGCGAAUUCUACGAACUUACGAGCAGGAGUUGAUGGCGUCGGAAACUAUGGAGCAAGCGAAACCACCCUGGGAGUUGGCCGGAGGAUGGAUUGAGCCCACUAGGCAUAUCAUUCCACCCGCAGAGCCACAACUGGGGCAAGUUCUGAAGGAUCUGAGCUCCACGAAGAUCAUCAGAGCGGAUGUCGCGGACAGAGGAACUCAACUGAAGCUCAAGCUAACAUUCGAGGACGGCCAGGAGGUCUUUUUCAAGCCUCAAUUUUACUCAAGGGACCACGUCAUCCAUGGUGAACCAUAUGCCGGGGCCGAUCGGCACAAUGGGGAAAUUGCCGCCUUCCACAUAGGGCGACUUCUAGGGUUCAAUCGCUGUCCCUUGGUGGCAGGGCGCAAAGUAAAUAUAGAGGAGCUCAGAAAUAUCAGCACCCAGGUUCUGGAGCGAACUUUCUACCGAGAAGGAGAUGAAUGGUGUUUCUUUGGGAAAUGUCGCUACUGUAAACGGAGCAGCGGUGUCUGCGGAACAUCUGGCAUUAUCGAGGGUGCCGUCGUCUUAUUGCUGCCAAAAAAAUACGUCCUGCAGAAUCAUCGGAGCCCGUGGCAACGCACGUAUCGGAAAGGCACAUACGCCAGGUGA